UCUCCUCUUCUGUGUCCCUUUGCCUCUCUCUCUCUCUCUCUCUCUCUCUCUCGCCUCACCUUCACUCGCUCGCGAGCAAGAAGAGCCGGCCUCGUGCGUCGAUUCCUCUCCACCCUCUCCCUCUCUUCGCUCUCCAUCCAGAUCCCUUGCGCCACCUCUCGAUCCACCACUGGCUGCGCACUCCUUCGCGAUUUGAUCUUUUUUGAUGCCCGAUUUGAGGUCCUCGGGCUACUCUGAUACUGGCCCCGAGCGGGGAGGGGCGUUCUGGGAUGUCCAGCGCAUGGGAAGCCACGAUUCGAACCCGAGGAGGGAUAUCUACGGCGAAAGAGGUGGCUCGCCGCCGCCGUGGAUCCCUCUGUCGGAUGGCGGCGGCAGGGUCGGGAACCUGGUGGAUAGGUUUUCUGGGUUGGUCUUAGGCGAUGGCCGAAAUGAGGGCGUUCACCAAGUCAUCAAGGCGUUGGAGGAUGCCGAGAGCACUAUCAAGCAACAGUUGGAAGAGAACAACGUAUUAAAGAAUGAACUCUUGCAAAAAGCACAAGAAUUAGAAAAAUAUAGGUUAGAAGUCAAAUCAUUAAGGCCUGAAAUACCUACAAAUGAUCAGGUGGAUGCCUAUAAAAUCAGUAAUUCCAAUUCUCCAGCUGGACAUGAAGCAGAGAGGAGAUGGAUAGAAAAUCAUUCACCUUUAAAUCCUCAAGCUAUGGUGCUUCAUCAGAAUGGAGUGGUUGGAAGGGAGGAAACUCAUUUGGAAUCUGUCACGGCUAAUCAACACACAUAUGGGAGCAACAAGGUUAAUGGUGACCUUCGAAAAUUUCCUGGAGUACAUUCUGCUUUAGGCAGUGCCGGUCCAUCUCAAUACUCUACACCAUCAUCUAGAUCCUUGUCUCCAAGCAGGCAUCCAAAGGAAGGAGGAGACCAAGAUAAGAGGUUCAUUUCAUCAGGAAAUUGUUUGGUGCCAGUGUCUAAUCUCAACUCUAGUACUCUUUGGAAGCAGGAACUUGUUGUUAAGGUCAGAGAGCAUGAAGAAGAGAUUGCACAGUUAAGGAAGCAUCUUGCUGAUUAUUCAAUAAAGGAAGCACAAAUACGCAAUGAGAAAUAUGUUCUAGAAAAAAGAAUUGCUUAUAUGCGCAUGGCAUUUGAUCAGCAACAACAAGACUUGGUUGAUGCUGCAUCAAAAGCUAUUUCAUAUAGACAAGAUAUUAUUGAGGAGAAUAUUCGUCUAACAUAUGCCUUGCAAGCUGCUCAUGCAGAGAGAUCGACUUUUGUAUCUUCUUUGGUGCCCAUUCUCUCAGAACACGGUCUUCAACCUUCUGUGGUUGAUGCUCAGUCAAUUGUCAGUAAUCUUAAGGUUUUGUUUACCCACAUGCAGGAGAGAUUUAUCAUUGCUGAGGAAAAGCUGAAAGAAUCUCAAUAUCAGAUAACUCCAUUGUAUGCAGACAUAUCAAAUGCAGGUUUUCCUGCACAGUCACCUUCCCAUAUGGUGGCACAAGCGACUGUUUCUAACAAUAAUAGCUUGGAAAUUGUGCCUCAGCCAACAUAUCCACAUGCACAGUCUCCAAUUUCUUCUAAUUUCCAAGCAAAACAUGUUUGGGAGACAGUUGGGGACCAAAAACAGCAACAUGGUCCAAGUAGUGUUCCUUCAAAGAAUCUGGACCAGGACAUUCCAGAAAGCACUCCUUCCAUGAGGGAUUACAGAACCUCCCAGGAUGCUUCAGUUCAAAUAAAUCAAGGGGAAACUCAUACUGCACAUCAUUCUGUGGAAUCUAAAAAUCAGUCAUCUUUCAAAGACCUUUUGAGAAGUUCCCAAACUGAUGACUCGGAGACAAUUGCUCACGCUGGGAAAGAACCUUCUGUUCAUUGUGCUUCAGGAAACUCACCUUACACAACUACUGGACAGGAUGAACCAAAUGCUUACUCUUACCUUCCUACAGUCCUUGAAGAGCCUAGUUCUAGAAACUCAUUCUCUGAAGCAGAUGAUGAUCCACUGCCAGCCAUUGAUGGUCUUCGAAUUUCAGGUGAUGCUUAUCCUGGAAGGGAACUUCAUGCAAGUGGGUACUCAAUCAAUGGAACAACAAGUUGUAAUUUUGAGUGGGUACGAUAUUUAGAAGAUGGUUCUGUUAAGUAUAUUGAAGGAGCAAAACAACCGGACUAUCUAGUUACUGCUGAUGAUGUGGAUGCAUACCUUGCUAUUGAAGUUCAACCCCUGGAUGAUAGGAAGCGGAAGGGCGAACUUGUAAAGGUUUUUGCCAAUGACCAAAGAAAGAUAACUUGUGAUCCUGAAAUGCAAGAGAAGAUUAAGAGAACUUUGUCUAGUGGGCAUGCAACAUAUGAUGUAUCAUUAUCGACUAGAUAUCUUGAUAUAUGGGAAACUGCUAUUUUGACAAUAAAGAAAGAAGGCUACAACAUAAAAUGUAUUGGACCGCGUGGUGUCGUCACAGAGAAGUUUCAGAAAAAUACCACAAUCUCCAUUCCAUAUGGACAUCCCACGGAGUUUCUCAUUCAGGAGGCUAGUGGGGAGUAUCUACUAAGGACGGAAGAGAGUAGCGUGUUGAGAGAUACCAUCGUCCUGACAUUGAGAAUAUUCAAAGUGAUGGCUGGUGAGAAAAGGAAAGGGAGGAGAAAGGGUCUAUUUUUCAUCUAGAUUCUACUAACAAACCAAAUGAUAGAUAUAUAUUUGUUUUAUUAUUUUUUGUUCGGUGUCAUACACCAUGUGCGCAAGCGAAUCGCUGAGAAGGUAAUCAUCCUGUUCUGCCAUUUGUAUAACCUUAUUCUCUAUUUUAGUGUGGAAGUUUUCUCAACAAAAAUAUGUUGGGACAUAGCUGCUCAAA